AAUAAAAGGAAAUCUAUCACCAGUGUUAUGACUCGAUUCACUAUUUACUUUUUAUUACAACCUUCUCGUCGUUCAUUACAAUCUAUAUGUCGCCCUAAUAUUUUACUUGAUUGUUAGAAUCAAUAUCACCUUUUUGUCUAUAUCAACAACAGCGUACAUUUCAUGCCUCUGGUGUCUAUUCUGCAGGUAUGAAAAAGGAAGAUCCUUAUAAAAUCCUUGGUAUAUCUAAAUCAGCAAGUCAAAAUGAUAUUAAAAAAGCAUAUUAUGCAUUGGCCAAGAAAUAUCAUCCAGAUACCAACAAAGAAAAAAAUGCUCGUGAAAAAUUUACUCAAGUACAAGAAGCUUAUGAAAUGUUAUCGGAUGAACAAAAACGCGCUCAAUUUGAUCAAUAUGGUUAUGGUUUUGAAGGUGGACCUUCUACUGCUGGUGGACCUGGUCCAGGAUUUGGUCCUGGUGGAUUUUAUAGUCAAACAAGUAGUCAAGGAUUCCCUGGUGGAUUUGAUCCAAAUGAUAUCUUUAAUCAAUUCUUUGGUGGAGCAAGUCAUUAUCAACAAGCAGCUGGUAUGGGUGAAGGAUUUCGAACAAUGACAGGUGAAAACUUACAGACACCAUUGACAAUUACAUUUAUGGAAGCUGUCAAGGGAACCAAGAAAACAGUACAUAUUCAACAAGUGACAAAUUGUUCGAGUUGCAAAGGAAAUGGCAUGAAACAAGGUAUUAAAAAAGAAACUUGUAAAGUAUGUCAUGGUAGUGGUGUACAAACAGUCCAAAUGGGUGGUUUCAAUAUGCAAACAACUUGUUCGGUAUGUGGUGGUGCUGGUGCUGCCAUUCCUCUAGGUGGUGAAUGUAGUACUUGUCAAGGUAUUGGGAAAAUACGAGAACGAAAAGCCGUUCAAGUCGAGAUUCCACCUGGUGUGGAUAACAAGGCAAGAAUCCGUGUUGUUGGUCAAGGUGAUGCACCUCUCAAAGGUAAUGGUCCUCAUGGCGAUUUAUUUGUGUCUCUCAAUAUCCAACCAUCAAAGAUCUUUAGUCGACAAGAUCAAGACAUUUUUUUAAAUACCAAGAUUCCAUUCUACAAGGCUAUUUUGGGUGGCAAAAUACGGAUACCUACGAUCGAUGGGGAUGUUGAAUUAAAGAUUCCAAAAGGCUCUCAAGCUGAUGACAAGAUUGCUUUACGAGGUAGAGGGAUUCAACAUAUGCGUGGGACUGGUCGUGGUGAUCAAGUGGUUACUCUGAAAGUCGAAUUACCAAGAAUAUUACGUGAUGAUCAACGGACUCUUAUUGAAAAGUAUGCUCAACUUGUGGAUCCAGAAUAUCGUGACAGGUCGAAAUAAAUCAGCCAUGAACAAUAUAGAUACAAUCAUUUCUUUUUUAUUAUUCAUCCCACUGUAGUAUAUAGAAUAUAGAAUAUAUCUUUGUUUUUAUUAUCAUCAUCAACAUCAUCCAGUAGCAUAAUUUCCCA